ACAAACAAGUCUGGGAAAGGGAGACAGAUACAGAGGCACUGACACCAGAUAGACACCUUAUCAUCUCACUUUGACUGCACAUCAAUCGAACGUGGGUGAGGGAGCAAAGCUUCAGUGAGGGGAGAGGGAGCAGAGAGUGAGGGAGAGAAAGAGAGAGAAAGUGAGAGAGCGAGAGAGAGAGAGAGAGAGAGAGAAAGAGCAAACACUGCAGGCUUUACAUGCACAUAUUCACACACAGCACCCUGAUAUCCCAAUGCCCGAGAGAGGCAGCUGCUGAGAAAGCAAGGUCAGCCUAGAACAGGCAAGCAAAGGUACAUCACUCUAGCACACAAGACUACAAGGGCAGAGUCAUCAGAGUCAGCUAUCAGGUGGAGCAGAAGUAAAGACCUUCAACAUUCUGGAAUUAAGGAAAUGGGAAGUGUGCAUCAGGAAGUCCUGGCUUGAUUGAGUGGACACUUAAGUUUGUUGCAAUAUUACUUGUUCUGUAAUAGGCAGUGCAAUCACUUUGAACGCUGACAGCAUGGAGAAACUCACGGGCAAAGACAAGGAACUAAUCCGGGACAGCUGGGAGAGCCUCGGCAAGAACAAGGUCCCACAUGGGAUUGUCAUGUUUACCAGGCUUUUUGAGUUGGACCCAUCACUGCUCACCCUGUUCAACUACAAAACCAAUUGUGGAGUCGUGCCAGAGUGCCUCUCCAGCCCAGAGUUCCUGGAGCAUGUCACCAAGGUGAUGUUGGUUGUUGACGCAGCUGUCAGCCAUCUCGAUGACCUGCAUACAUUAGAAGACUUUUUGUUGAACCUCGGCAAGAAGCACCAAGCUGUUGGCGUCAAUACCCAGUCCUUUGCUUUGGUUGGAGAGUCCCUGCUUUACAUGCUACAGUGCAGUCUAGGCACGGCCUACACCACAGCCCUGCGCCAGGCCUGGCUCAACAUGUACACCAUUGUAGUGUCUGCCAUGACCAGAGGAUGGGCCAAAAAUGGAGAACACAAGUCCAACUGAGCAGCAGAAGAUAAAGUAAGCUUUACACUGAAGCCGGGUCCACCACUGACAGAUUUGUGGCUGCUUUAUAGAGUAGUUUGGCCAGAGAGGACACAGUACUCUGUGCGCAUAAGGUAGUCAUGGUGCCGACUGCCUGAAUAUCACUGGUGUAUGCCAUCUGAUCUUUUUCUAGCGAGUGGUUAGAGAUGAUGAAAGCUUUGGGGGCAAUAAUUUGUAGGUUUGAUCUUUUGAAGAGCAGACAGCAUGCUGGUGGAGAUGGAUAGUUUAAGGUUGAUGCUUCACGACUGGAACUUGCCUUGUAUAUAUUGGCUUGAUGUGUCUCCUCCAACUCUCUGUAAUGGCUGUUGUGCUGUUUUGAUGUUCUUUACAUGAGUGUCAUUAAACAUAGAGUUGACUAUGCACCAGUCAGUCUGUACCACCCAGAGCUGAAAGCCUUGGCUAGAACUCUUCUCUUAAAGCUUCAGCUCUGAUCUACAAAGCUCCCGUAACAUUUCGACUACUUUUCUGAUGAGCUGAUUAUGAAUCGCAUGUGCUGUGUAUAUUCUGGUACAGUGAAUAACCUUGAUGGACAUAAAGGAUAAUAUUUCAUUUAUUUAUCCACACAGUAUAUAAGGUGCAUAGAUCCUUACCUAAGUGUGAAAGUAAACCUAAAAAAGCAUGUUAGCAGCUGAGAAAGGUUUCUCAGCUGUAAGGUAAGAUAGGAAUAAGAAUCCUUUAUUAGUCCCACAGUGGGGAAUUUAACAUUGUAGAAUUAACCUUUUGGAUUACUAUUUCUGCAAUGAAUGAAUGCUAAGGACUGUUACAUAAGCUUUCCCACACAAUUUCAAAGACUGUUAGUUAUUAAAUGCCACGUUAUUACCUUACAUAUUCAUGUUUCAUACAGUUAUUUUUUUAUAUACUGACUGAAGACUUGGCCAGACUGUUACCUACCAUAAAGAGACUGUUAUAUCAUAUAGUACAUGUUGUCCCAGCAACAGUGACUGAUCUCCUCACUGAUUUAGAACGGGGUGAGUAUUGUUAUCACCAUUACAGCUAAAAUUUAGGAUGCUGGCAUCACAAAGAUGAAAUCUGAAUGAAUUUAAUAAAAAAAAAAAACUCUGCUUUGGGAUAGUGUUUGUCUACAUGGAUUGCACAUUGUAUAAGUCAUAUGUAACAAAUAUAGAUCAUGGAUCAUGGACAUUUUGGUUAGUAUAAGUGUUAAUUCUUUUAAAAGCGAUGAUCUCCUUUUUGCUGCUAUAAAUAAUAUAAUGUAUCACAGUAUCUCAAUAGCACUGCCAAAAUAUUAUUAUCCUGCUUAUUUGGGAAUACUGCAUUGCUACAUUUAAUUGAUAAUGCCAAGUAUUUUAACCUCUUAAACUCCUCGGAACACCAGUGGUUCUUGGCUUUUCCCUCCAUUGUAAUAACUUAGGAACAAUUCGCAUUUGCACAAUUUGCAUGUCUUUGCAGCUAUUUACCGAUUAGUAAUCCUUGGGAUGUAAUAAGUCAGGGAGGAUAAGGGGUUAAAACAUACCAACUGACAAUGACAUUGUGUAGAGCAUACACUACACAAUUUAUAUUCAAGCUAAUUUACUAGUCUGUGGCAUUGUAUUUGUUUCUCUGUAUGAUACAACUACUGUAUUUAUAUCCUAUUUUUGUAUUGCAAAGUGUAUGUGGAUAGAAAAUGGUAUAUUGUUACUACUUUGUGGUGCUUUAUGGAAUUUUGUUUGUAUAUUAUAUGUUUUUUUUUCUCAUAGUCAAGACAAAGGGAUAAAUUACAUACCAGAUAUGCUGGUUUACCAUUUGAAAUACAUGGUAUUGUCACUAAAGAUGAUCUUCUGUUGAUUUAACUGAUUAACAGGUAAAUUCUCUUUUGCAGUGUUUAAGAGCGUAAAUAUUUUAACGGCACUCAUUAAACACAAAUAUGUUGUGGUCCAUAUCUAUUUAUUCCUUGACGUGUUUUGUGUGAGUGUAACGCUGUAUUUAAUCCAGUAAUAUUCUUUAUUCUCUUGGUAUUCUCUUGUAACUGAAGUGUCUGGAUGUCUACCUCACUUAUGUAGCUGCUAAAGAACAGCGAUGAUAUGACCUGACUCCUCAACCAAAAAUACUGAUGCUUCACAAACAAAUCUUCUGCUUCUUCAAGCAACCCGGCUGUAACUUCAGACUGUACUGGGCUCCGUCAAGCCUGUUUUCUGUCAGGAUUUGUUUGGAUCACACGUGUUUAAGUGACAUGAAUAAAGAUUAUUCCAUGA